AUGUCGGCCGAGGAAGAGGCCACCACAGCAACAGCGAUGGCAGCGGCAGAUUCUGCUGCGGCCACAGGCGCGGAUGACACCGACUACCGCGACACGGUGGGAGCCGGCACCAACGCUGAUGCAGACGGUGAUGUGGAUACGCACGCCGCGGGCGCGGCAGCGCCGGACGUCGCUGCUGCCGAUGAGCCGAUUCAACCUCCGUCUGACUUGCAUGCAGAGCAGGCGGCGGCGCCCGUCGUGCAGACGGUGGAGGCCACCGGUGCGGGCAAGGGCGACGAGCCUGAGGCACCUGCCCUGAGCGGCGAGUGCGAAGCGAUUCCUCCACUGGCCGGCAACGGCGAGACACUCUUAACAAAGGACGAGGCGCGACAUCUCACCUCCGAGCCCGUCGAAUAUGUGGGGAACCAAACGGUGCGGAUGAGGUGCCCCCAGCAGAGGAUCGCGAUGGCCUCCGGGGCCCAGGUCGACAUCGACGGCACGAAGUUGACCAUAUCUUCGGGGGACGAGUCGAAGGGGCGCCUGGCCGCCAAGUAUCUGCGGCUUGUGCGGUCUGCGAGCAGGGAAUGGGUCAAGCUGGACGUGGCGGCCUGCGACGACGGGGACCUCACCGUCUUCGAACUGCCCGAGCGGCUGCAGGCCGCCGUGCUCGGCAGGCAGUGGAGCGUCCUCAGGAACGUCGAGGCGCACGUCGAGGGCACGAUGCUCUUCGCCGUCGACGAGGGCAGGGGUGAGCAGGCUCGGGAGGGCUCCGCGGCACAGCCGGCGCCGCCGUGGCUGGUCGUCGGCAGGAGGGUAGAGGCCAGGAGGCGCGUCGGCGACAUCCGCAGCACACCCGCAUGGGACGUGGGCACGGUGGCGGAGGUCAUGCGCUCGCGCCUCGCAAGGGUGCAGUUCGAGAGCCAAGGGACCUACACCCUCGACUUCGACGCGCUCCGCCCGCGGUACGAGGUCGGCGAGGCCGUCGACGUCCUCGCCGAGGGCGAGUGGAGGCCCGGCAAGGUCAAGGCCCCUCCGAUCGACGGCGCGGUGCUUGUGCUUCUGGAGGGGGAGGGGGAGGAGGAGAACGCCGAGGUGCAGGUCGAGCUGGGCAACCUGCGACUGCACGCGGAGCCCGAGGAAGAAGCGCAGCACGAUGCGGUCCCCGAAGCCCCCGUGGAGCCAUCUUUGAAGGUGGCGAUCUUCGGAUCGGUGCGGCAGCGGUGCGCAGCGCAGCUCAGGCUCAUGCAGGAGGUGGACAAGCGCGAGGCGGGCUUCUUCGAGGGCAAGAUGCCCGGAGACUGGGGCAACUCGGGGGACUGGGCUGUGGACGUCGUGGAGAUCGAGAAGGAGCUCCUCGUCAACUGCACCGGGAAGUCGGGCCGCGGGCGGACCCGGAGCGCCUGCCGCGCCACCUCGUGCAUCAUCGAGUACCUGGGCACGACCGCCUACGUGGCCGGCCCUGCGGCGGCCCGGGGCUUCGCGGUGGCGCUGCUGGAGGCGAUGCGCCGCUCGGACAAGUGGCCGAGCUGCACGGAGCACCUGCCACCCGGCGUGCGGGCGCACAUGGGCAGCGUGUCGGUCCCUUUCGCCCUCGUCUCGCGCGACGGCGGCAGGCGAUGGCGGGUCCGCGUCGAGGACCAGGAGGGCGUCAUGAUCUGCUUUGCCCCGCAGGCGGCGGAGGGAGGGGUGGAGCCCAAGGUCGCCGAGGGGGAGUGCAGGGCAGGGGCCGAGGAUGGCGAGGCGGGGGCCGAGGUCGCUGCAGGGGGCGAGGAGCAGAAGGAGGCGGAGGCCGAUGCCGCGGCGAGAGAAGACGGGAAGGAGGAGCGCGAGGCCGAGGAAGGCGGCGCCGAGGCCGAGGUCACCGAAGAGGAGAAGGGCACGGAGCACGAGGCCGACGGCAAGGCUGAGGACAAGAAGGAGGGGCCAGCGGAGGCGGAGGAGGAGGAGGGAGGGGCAGACGCCGAGGCCGCCGCGGCGCAGGACGAGGCGGGCGCGGGGUACGAGGCCGCCGCAGAGCUCGAGAUGCUGGAGGUGUACGUCUUCGGCCUCGACGAGCGCGCACGGAGGCGUGCGGAGCUGCGGGUGCUGGCCGCCGCGGCGCAGGAGGCGCCAGGCCACUACUCGCCCACGCGCCUGGCGAGCACCCUGUCCGACGCAGGCAUGGGCGUGCAGAGGCUGAGCGACGACGCGUGCGGCGACGCCUUGGCCAUGGACGUGAUCCAGCUGAGCGAGAGCGAGAUCCUCAGCAUAACGCCCGCCCGGGUUCGUGCAGUCCAGGCGGCCGCUGGCUGCGGCAUCGAGCUCCUCGGCAGCGCCCUGGUUGUCGCAGGCUACGGCGCCGAGCGCGCGCUCGGGCGCGAGUACCUCCAGAUGCUCGGCGCGUGUGCCGCGGACGACGCCGGCCAGGGCUGCGCGGCGGGCCGGCGCGUGAGGGCCACAGCCAGCUCGCUGGAGGGCCGCACGGACGUCAGCACCUUGAGGCUGGAGGCGGGCGAGGAGCAGCUCCUGGACGAGGCGGCCCUCCUCUCCGCCGAGGAGAGCACCGGCUGCCUCCUGCUGCUCCGGCGGCCACCGGCGGCGGAGGCCCUGGCCGCCGGUGCGCGGGUGCAGGUGGUCCAGGGCGAGCUCUCCUUCCGCGGCAGCAUCGAGGAGGCGCAGUGCGCCGACGGCUCGCUCACGAUCACGGUCCGCAUCGGCGAGGACGGCGGGGCGCCCCACGGCAGCAGCCCCGCCGCCGCGCCGGAGCUGCUGGCCUUCGGCCGCGACGGAGGGCCCGCCGGACGCUCGGAGGCGCUGCGGAGGGUCAGAAGGCACUUGGCCAGCCCGCGGGCUCAGGAGCAGGGGGCGGCUCGGGAAGACGGGGCGUCUUGGGAGGGCCAGGGCGGCGGGAGGCGGGAGGCGGCGGACGCGGGCGGCCCGAGGCGGGGCGCCGCGGGGCUCUGGGACCAGUGGGCUCCCCGCGGGGGCGGCGAGGACGGGUGGGGCCUGGACAGGCGGUCGUCGGGCAGAGGAGGCGGCUGGGACGACAAGGCCCCCCCGAAGAGCGGUAAGCGCGAGCGGGGUCCCGACCCCGAGUCUGCAGACAGGAGGCGGUCGUCGGCCGAAGAGGGCGGACGCUGGGAGAAGUGGGCCCCGAGCCAGAGCGACGGCAAAGGGUGGAGCCGGGACCCAGAGCCUGCUGAGAAGUGGUCAUCGGCUGGAGGGGCCAGCAGUUGGGACAAGCGGACCCCGGCGAAGAGCAGUUGGGACAAGCAGAGCCCAGACCCAGACUAUGCAGCCAGGCCCUCCUCGGCUGAAGAGGCUCGUCCCUGGGGCAAGUGGUCCGACGGCGGUGGCGGUGGCGACGGUGCCAGGACCACGCACGACAGGAGCAGCGGCUGGGACAAGUGGUCCGGCGGAGGCAGUGGUGGCGGUGGUGCCAGCAGCCAGGACGACCGGAGCAGCGGCCGAGAAAAGUGGUCUGGCGGCGGUGGCGGUUGCAGUGGCGCCAGCGGCCGGGUCGACUGGCACGGCGACCGGGGCCAGCGGUCCAGCGGCAGCGGUGGCGGGGUAGCUGACACCCACGAGAAGUGGAACGGCGACCAGGACAAGAGGUCCAGCGGCGGCGGUGGUGGGGGGGCUGACACCCACGAGAAGUGGAGUGGCGGCGACAGGGACAAGUGGUCUGGCAGCAGCGGUGGCGAUGGCAUUGUUAAUGGGACCGAAGACACCUGGAGCGGCGGCCAGGACAAGUGGUCUGGGGGCAGUGGUGGGGGUAGCGAGGGCAACCGUGACAAGCGGAGCAGCGACCAGGACAAAUGGUCUAGCGGCGACGGCCGUGGUGGCAUCGGGGCUAGCACCCGGGACGAUUGGACCAGUGGCCGGGACAAGUGGCCUGGCGGUGGUCAAGGAGGUGGUGCCGGCACUCAGGACGAAUGGAACGGCGACAAGGACAAGUGGUCCAGCGGCGGUGGCGGUGGCAACCGUUCGAGCGCGAAGGACGAUUGGAAUGACAGCCGGGACAGGCGGUUUGGCGGCGGCCGUGACACAGGUGGUGCAGGUGGGAACGGUGGCAGCCGGGGCGACGGGAAUCAUCGGGGUGCUGCCAGCGGGGACGCCUCGUGGGACAGCUGGAAGGCUUCGCGGAGCUGGCGCCCCGCGCAGAUGCCAGGCUCGCCAGAGUAG